AUGGUGCAAAUAUUACCAAAAUUAAAGGACCAACUGGCUGUGAUGCCGUUUUUGCUGCGCAUUCAAACCAUUGCUGGUCUAUGGGGGGACCGAUCUCAGCGUUAUCGAUUCUACUUGAUCUUUUCGUACUUCUGCUUCAUGGUGGUCCUGCCUAAGAUACUUUUUGGCUACCCCGACCUAGAAAUUGCAGUUCGAGGCACCGCAGAGCUGAUGUUCGAGUCAAACGCAUUCUUCGGAAUGCUUAUGUUUUCCUUCCAAAGGGAUAACUACGAACGGUUGGUUAAUCAACUGCAAGAUUUGGCAACACUUGUUUUUAAGGAUCUACAGGCUGAACUAGGAACAUACCUAAUUGAGGUGAACCAACGUGUCGAUCGAUCCUCGAAAAUCUAUUGCUGCUGUCACCUAUCACUAGCAACGUUCUUUUGGUUUAUGCCCAUUUAUUCGACAUACUCAGCCUACCGUGCGGCCACCAACAGUACCGAACCGAUCGAACACGUGCUCCACCUGGAGGAGGAACUUUACUGGCUCAAGAGCCGCACCUCGAUCGUCCAUUAUACUAUAUACGCCGCAAUUAUGUGGCCCACAAUUUACACACUCGGUUUUACUGGCGGAUCCAAACUGCUGACUAUUUUCAGCAACGUAAAGUACUGUUCGGCCAUGCUUAAGCUUGUGGCACUCAGAAUACGGUGUCUGGCGAACGUGAAAGAAGAGAAGAUUGAAAAGGAACUUAAUGAAAUCAUUGCCAUGCAUCAAAAGACACUCGAUUGUGUUCUACUGCUCGAGACUACAUUUCGAUGGGUGUUUUUCGUUCAGUUCAUUCAAUGCACAAUGAUCUGGUGCAGUCUUAUCCUUUACAUAGCUGUAACGGGUUUCAGUUCAACCGUCGCCAAUGUUUGUGUGCAAAUCAUUCUGAUAACGGUUGAAACUUAUGGUUACUGUUACUUUGGAACGGAUCUAACCACGGAGAGUUUUGGUGUGGCGCUUGCCGUAUACGACUGCGAGUGGUACAAAUUCUCGAUUUCAAUGCGUCGUAAUUUGCGGCUUCUCUUGCAACGUUCGCAAAAAUCGCUUGGAAUCACGGCUGGAAAAUUUCGCUUCGUAAAUGUAGCCCAGUUUGGAAAGAUGUUAAAAAUGUCCUACUCAUUUUACGUGGUUCUUAAGGACCAAUUUUAA